AUGCUCUUCGCUGCCAUCAAAAAAGCACCUGAAAAUCGAAUCGCUGCGUCGCUACACCCACUUCUCGCCAUUGGGUCCCGUUCUCCUCGUGGCUUCACUGCUGGUUCUACCAAGGUCAUUUCUUGCCGCGUCGCCUGGAAGAGGAUUUUCCAGUCUGGAGGUGCGGGACAGGUUGAGAUGACGUCGGAUCGUACUGCGUUCUGCGUGGUGCCUGGCACCUCGAUUACGCAUAUGCAGCAUACACGCAAACACCACCAGGAUGAGCGCCAGGCAAGAUUUGCAAUGAAAUACGAGUGGCAGAGAAUUCGAAGAGGAUGCAAAUGCUACAAAGAUGGAGGCACUUAA